AUGAAACCCUGCCAUAAAUGUUCCAAGCCAAUCAGCGCUGAACAAGCAGAAAAGGCUCCCCGAUGCGAUAGCUGCCGUGUGAUUUUCCAUCUUGAGGAAAAAUGUUCAGGACUCUGUGCGAGUGAACAGAGGGCCAUAGUUGUUCAAAAACGAAUUAUGUUGUUUUUUUGUGAUGAUUGUGUGCUGUCUUUUAAAAAAAUACCUCUACUUACAAACAAGUUCAUUCAGCUUGAGGAGCAAAUCAAAUCACUGAAGGAAGAAAUUGAAGUUAUUAAGCAGAAUAACUUACAACCGGAUACUAGCGACCCAGCUAGGUUUGACUCAGUGAUUCUUGAAAUCCAGGAACGGGCUGAGAGGGCAAAUAAUCUGAUGGUUUAUGGUGUUCCUGAAUCGAGGAGUGGCGAUUUGCAGCAAAGAGUGGUUGAUGAUAAGACGGCGCUUUCACCAGUUCUUGACGAUAUUGGGCUUGACCAGAACGAUGUCGUCAGGGUUUUGAGAGUGGGACAGCUAUCAGAGGUGGAAAAUAACAACAUGAAGAAUUUUGGAAAUCAGCCUACAAAAACUGAAUUAUUUGAUAAUACAGUUUCACACAUUUCAAAGUUUUCCUGGAAAACUAGUGAAGGUAAAAAUUUGAAGCUUUUUGCAUGUCAAGAAGAAAACUAG